AUGGAAAAAGAGUUGCAGAGCAAACAUCCGACCAACUCCAAGAAUGACACCGACAUGCUGUACACACUCGAGGACGUCCCCCCGUGGUACCUGUGCAUCCUACUGGGUCUACAGCACUACCUCACGUGCUUCAGCGGCACCGUGGCCGUUCCUUUUCUCCUGGCUGAGGCCAUGUGUGUGGGUCAAGACCAGAACACCAUCAGUCAGCUGAUCGGAACGAUCUUCACCACCGUUGGAAUCACCACUCUGAUCCAGACUACCUUUGGAGUCAGACUGCCGUUGUUUCAGGCCAGUGCGUUAGCUUUUCUCAUUCCUGCGCAAGCUAUUCUCAGUCUGGAUCGCUGGAAAUGUCCCAGCGAGGAGGAGAUUUACGGGAACUGGACUCUUCCGCUCAAUACUUCCCAUGUCUGGCAGCCAAGAAUCCGAGAGAUCCAGGGCGCCAUUAUCAUGUCCAGUGUGGUGGAGGUCUUUAUUGGUCUGCUGGGGCUGCCAGGUUUGCUGCUGAAGUACAUUGGCCCACUGACCAUCACCCCAACCGUCUCACUCAUCGGCCUGUCGGUCUUCCACACCGCUGGAGACCGAGCCGGGUCCCACUGGGGUCUGUCUUCACUGUGCAUCUUCCUGAUCGUGCUUUUUGCUCAGUACCUGAGGUCCACGUCAAUUCCGUUUCCUGUCUACAGGAAGAAUAAGGGGCUGACCACCACCCGGGUCCAAGUUUUCAAACUCUUCCCUAUCAUUAUGGCCAUCAUGGUGGUCUGGCUGGUUUGCUACAUCAUGACUCUCACCAACGUGCUGCCCACCGAUCCGGGACGCUACGGACACAAAGCUCGGACCGAUGCCCGCGGAGAUAUCAUGUCGUCAGCGCCGUGGUUCCGGAUGCCUUACCCAUGCCAGUGGGGUCUUCCAGUGGUGACGGUUGCCGGGAUGUUGGGGAUGCUGAGCGCCACGCUGGCAGGGAUAGUGGAGUCGAUAGGGGAUUACUACGCCUGUGCUCGGCUGGCUGGGGCGGAUCCUCCUCCAAUUCAUGCCAUCAACAGGGGAAUCUUUACGGAGGGCAUCUGCUGCAUCCUGGCUGGUCUUCUAGGAACUGGAAACGGGUCCACAUCCUCCAGCCCCAACAUUGGAGUGCUCGGCAUCACAAAGGUGGGCAGCAGGCGGGUGGUCCAGUAUGGAGCCGGCAUCAUGUUAAUUUUGGGCACGAUCGGGAAGUUCACCGCUCUGUUCGCCUCACUGCCUGAUCCAAUCUUGGGAGGAAUGUUCUGCACGCUCUUCGGUAUGAUCACGGCAGUCGGCCUGUCCAACCUGCAGCUGGUGGAUCUCAACUCGUCCAGGAACCUCUUUGUUCUCGGCUUCUCGAUGUUCUUCGGUCUGACGCUGCCCACCUACCUGGACAGAAACCCCAACUCCAUCCAAACAGGCGUCGCCGAGCUGGAUCAGAUCCUGACUGUUCUUCUUUCCACUGAGAUGUUUGUCGGGGGUUUCCUGGGGUUCUGCCUCGAUAACACCAUUCCAGGCACCCGGGAGGAGCGCGGGCUGGUGAACUGGGGGGCUUCCUCCUUCUCCUCGCCGUCCUACGACUUCCCAGUGGGGAUGAGCGCGGUCAGACGGGUUCGCUGGCUCCGGCGGUUUCCCAUCAGCCCCACCUUCAGAGGCUGGCGGAGUGCUGCUGAGCACCGGCGCCUGACCCUUAACCCCGACAGCCUGCUGGAAAGACUGUAG